UUAUCAAAAGUAAACUUUCAUGCUAAUGUAGUUAGAUUUUUUGGAAUGAGUCAACAUUCUUCAAGUGAUACAUAUUUUCUUGUGAUGCAGUAUGCUAACGGUGGUACGUUACGCCAACAUUUACAGCGUAAUUUUCACCAAUUAACAUGGCAUGAUAAAAUCCGAUUCAUCAAAGAAAUAGCAACAGGUUUACAAUGUAUACAUAAUGAAGGAAUGUCGCAUAAGAAUCUGCAUCCAAAUAAUGUGUUGGUUCAUGAUGGAAGAAUGAUGAUAGCAGACUUGGGAUUUUCAGAUACAUGGCAUGAUUUAUCAAAACCAUAUCAUGAUGAAAUGAUACCAUUUUUAGAACCAUUGUUUUUACAAAAUAAUUCUUAUCAAAGAGAUAAAAGAUCGGACAUUUAUAGUUUAGGAGUAGUAAUGUGUGAAGUAUCAAGCGGAAGACCUCCUUUUGAAUCUACAGCAUCAAAUUUUCAUUUAUUAUUGAGAAUUAUAAUGAAUGGAGAAAGAGAAUCAUCUAUAGUACCAGGAGCUCCAUUACAAUAUGUACAACUUUAUCGACAUUGUUGGGAUGGUGACCCAAUUUCUCGUCCUAACAUACAAGAUGUUUUACAUAAGUUAGAUAAAACGAGGUUAUAUUCUUCUUUUGUUAAACCUGGAGAAGUUCGUUUUAAACUAGAUCCUCUUCCUUCAAAAAACAAGGAUGAAAAUUUAUAUUUAUCAAAUAAUAAUAGUAAAACAUUAAUUAAAAGGUAUUCUCACCCUAAUAUAUCACCAUCAUCAUCACCUACAAUGUCUCCAAGAAUGGUUCCCCCUAUUAUGCUAGACUCCGCAGGUGAAUAG